AUGUCCCGCCGCCUCCUCCUCCCCGUCCUCGCCCUCGCCUCCCUCGCGACAGCCCACUUCUCCCUCUCCGUCCCUAAACCCCUCGGCGACAGCGAUUCCAAGCAGGGCACCGGCCCCUGUGGCGGCUACACCCCGUCCUCCUCCUCCCCGGCCGUCGACUUCCACGUCGACGGCGACGCCGUCGGCAUGGAGAACGGCCACCCGCAGACCAACUGGCUCUUCCGCGCCACCCUCGACCAGACCGCCUCGGGCGGCUGGACCCAGGUCUUCCCCGUCGUCAUGCAGACCGGCUACGGCAGCUUCUGCGAGCCCCAGAUCGCCGUGCCCUCCAACUUCACCGGCCAGAAGGGCAUCGUCGCCGUCGUCGCCCACUCGCCCGACGGCCUGCUGUACGCCUGCUCCGCCGUAAACUUCGUCUCCGGCGCCGGCCCAUCCCGCUCCGAGUGCAAGAACGCAACAAUCACCGCCGACUUCACUUCCGACCCCUCCUUGACCGCUCUCCUCGACUCCGCCGCCACGCCCUCCGCUUCUGGCGGCGGCGGCGCCACCACCACGCCCAACGCCGCUCCCCGCCUGGCCGCCGGGAAUCUCUUCUCCCUCGGCCCCGCCGCCGCCGUCCUCGCCUCCGUUGCCGCCGCCGCCGUUGGCGGGGCCGCUUUGCUCUUCUAG